AUGACUUUACCAGAGAAAAGACCAGUUGAAGACUCAGCUGAAGUUGAGACCAAGAAACAAAACACAGCAAGUUAUGUUAAGGGUGUUGCUGCUAUUAAACCAGAAUAUUUAGCCCCAGUCAGUGAAUCAGCAACUGCUAUUGAAUACAAUGAUGAUGAAGCUGAAGGUGGUGGUAGAGAUGCAGAAGAAACAGAUCAACGUGGUAAUGGAAGAGGAAAUAGAAAGAAGAAUAAAGGUCAAAAUCAUAAACGUAAAUUGAAACAAAAGAAAGAUACUAUUAAAUUAUGUGCUUCUUUAAUUGAUCCAGAAGAUGAAUCAGUUGUUUGUUCAGCUGGUGGUGCAGAAAACUGCAAAUUUCAUCAUGAUGUUGUAUCUUAUUUGGAAUCAAAACCAGAAGAUAUUGAAGGAGUUUGUCCUGUUUUUGAAGCCAUUGGUUAUUGUCCAAGUGGUAUCAAAUGUAGAUGGUUGAAAUCACAUUAUAAUAAAGAAACAUCAAAAUUAAUCAAAGAUCUAGAAAAAUUUGAAGUUGCUAAAAAGACCAAUUGUGAAGUUAAUGUUAUUGAUAAGAAUAAUAAAUUUGACAUGCAAAAGAAGAAAUAUGACUAUACUAUUUCUGCUCCGGUUAUUAAGUAUUUGGAUUCUCUGGUUAAAAAUGAAAAGAAUGAAAAUCAAGAAGAACGUAAAGAUAAUGAAGCUGAUUAUGUUGAAGCGCCAUUCAAAAUUGCAGAAAAGAAGAAACUUCAUUUACGUAAUGCUAAAAUCGUUUCACCAUUGACAACUGUGGGUAAUUUACCAUAUCGUCGAUUAAUGAAAACAUUAGGUGCUGAUGUUACAUACUCAGAAAUGGCACUUUCAGUUCCAUUAAUUCAAGGUCAUAAUCCAGAAUGGGCAUUGCCAAAGGCCCAUAUUAGUGAAUAUCCAGGUUUUGGUGUUCAAAUAGCAAGCAGUAGACAUUGGCCAGCUGCUAAGGCUGCUGAAGCAAUUUAUAGAAACACCAAUCAUGUUUCCGAAUUGAACUUGAAUUGUGGUUGUCCUAUUGAUUUGUUAUAUAAACAAGGUCAAGGUUCUGCAUUGAUGGAUCAACCAAGUAAAUUAUUACGUAUUUUACAUGGUAUGAGUGCUUCUUCUGGUGAUAUUCCUGUUACUGUUAAAAUUAGAACCGGUGUCAGAGAAGGUAAAAACACGGCCAAAACUUUAGUUAGAAGGGUCUUGCAAGAAGGUAAUACAGCUGCUAUUACAUUACAUGGACGUUCUAGACAACAACGUUAUUCCAGAGAAGCCGACUGGGAUUAUAUAGCUGAAGUUGGUAGUGUUGUCAAAGAAUGGAAUGAAAAUCAAAAGGAAGAUAAAGAUGCUACUGAUAUUCAACCUGUUUAUUUUGUUGGUAAUGGUGAUGUUUAUUCUCAUGAAGAUUGGUAUAAUCAUGUCAAUACUGAUGGAAUUGAUUCUGUUAUGGUUGCUAGAGGUGCAUUGAUCAAACCAUGGAUUUUUGAAGAAGUCGAAGCUCAACAAUAUUUGGAUAAAUCUUCAAGUGAAAGAUUGGAUAUGUUGGGUAAAUUUGCCAAAUAUGCUGUUGAACAUUGGGGUUCUGAUGAAUAUGGUGUUGGUAUGGCUAGAAGAUAUAUGUGUGAAUUCUUGGGUUUUACACAUAGAUAUAUCCCAGUUGGUAUUAUGGAAAGAUUACCUCCAAAAUUGAAUGAAAGACCACCUAAAUGGGUUGGUAGAAAUGAAAUGGAAACAAUGCUUGCAUCUACUGACUACAAAGACUGGAUCAAGAUUACUGAAAUGUUCUUGGGUAAAGCAUCUGAAGAUUUUCAAUUCAUUCCUAAACACAAGAGUAACGCCUAUGAAACUAACUAA